AUGAAUGAACUUUCAAGAAAAAAGCAAGAAUGGAUAGCAAAAAAUGUUAACGUUGAUUUUGAUACCUUGAAAAUAAGCGAAGCUGCAAAGAAACUAGUGCUAUCGCAAAUAAUUACCACAUCAACUCUGUCAUUAUCACCAAGUGACAAUUCGACUGGCUCUCCAAAAGAAUCAAUAAUUAACCUACUAGAUUUUUUUAUAACUCCAUCACGUGCCAAGAAAACUCUGAGAGAAAUAAAUUCUUUAUUUUCAAAUGAACAAGUUUUUGCCAUAGACAAUACUAUUCUCCUUACGCCAGAAUGA